CACAGACAGACGUCCCGAGAAAAGGGCUGGUUCUAGUCGGCAGGUCCGGACACGAAAAAGAACAACUCACCUGCCGACCUCUCAAGCCAGGUGAGCAGGUGGUUUGAUCGAACGACUUCGCAGACGACAUUUGGAGACCCAGGAUCGAACCUUUGUUGUCAAGGUCAACUCGUCCUUCAGCAGCAAGAAAAAUAUCAUGGCGUCCACCGACUUGUAAACACCUGAUUGUCGUCGCCGACGGGAAGAACAUUUGAAAACUGCCAGACUUUUUCGUCCAAGUUGUUGUACAGUGUACACCCUUACUCGACUGCUUUCUACAAGUAUGCGCUACGCCUAUUUCUGGUAAGGGUUCCAAGCAUAGACUAGCACUGUGCCCAAAACUUUUAAAAACUGGAAUAGUCAGGAUUCUUAUACUACAUUUUCAACUCGGUCUCUGUCUGGAGAACACUGUCGUGGUGAACAAUGGACUUGUCAACAAUCCCGACGCUGAGACAUUCCAUCGAGAACAUCCUCGGGCGGCCGCCGGCGGUUCCUCGGUGGCAGGAGCGACCUGACGCCGAGGGGCGGGACUCCUGUUCCCCGGUGGGGCCCAUCGACUACAGCCUGCACGCUCUCACCUCGCAAGACCACAGUAGUGGUCAUAAAGAGCAGGACUCGGUAGAUUUCUCAGAUACAACAGGGCAGUUCUUCACCAGUGAUGACGUCAGGUCUCCCGGCGGCGAUGACGUCACCGACGUCGACGUUCCCGACGGUGACGUCACGGAUGACGUGUAUGACGUAGGCGGCGACAGCGCGUCGGAGACGGGGCGGGAGUCGGUGUGCAGCGGAGGCGGGACGGAUGUCUCGAUUUCAGAAGAAGGACCCGAGAGGAGGGUUAAGCGCAUGCGCAGGGUGAGGACGACGUUCUCUGCGGAACAGCUGAAGGCGUUAGAGGACGUGUUCAAGGUCACGCAUUACCCGGAUGUACACACACGGGAACAGCUGGCCAGGAAAACCAAGCUGCCGGAGGCCAGAGUUCAGAUCUGGUUCCAGAACAGACGAGCGAAGUGGCGGAAGUACGAGAAGCUGACGAACUUCGGCGGGCUGGGGUUUCUCCAGAACACCGACAUGGCCAUGGUGCCUGCGCCUCAUACUGCGGCUAUUACACGGGUGGAUCCUAAGGACAAGACCAAAGAGCGGACGCGUGCGCUCCAGCCGGGAAGCCCCGCCAUCAGCCCCGUCCUACCCACAAUCCACAGCGUCACGGUGCCCACCACGCUGUACACGUCACCGAUCCCGUCAUGCACCAUCGUGCCGCUCGGCUUCCCUCCUCCGACGACUCCCGACUCCGAGACUCGGAGAUGUUCGUCCAUCGCCGCUCUCCGAAUGAAGGCGAAGGAGUACGAGGCGGCUCUGGGGAUGCAGUUCAUGUACAACAAACAAUGAUCGUGAGAAACAGGAACAAUGAUAUUGAUAAAAUAAAGCAUUA